GUGCGCAUGUGAGUUGCAGUGUGUGUCAGGUCAGUAUACGUGUUGCACUGUAUGUUCGCUAGAGUACAAAAAAUAGAACUUUGGAAAUAGACUAUAAAAACAAAAUCGUUAAAAUUUACAUAAAUUCAGAUGUGAGAUUUGCCUGUAUUUUAAAAUCACAAUUCAAAUAAUUUGUUUUGAUUCAAUUUCGAAGCAUAUAGGUGUUUAUUUAAAACUGCUAACUUCUAAACUAAUAAAAAUCUUCUAGUAUUUUAACGGUAGCCCAAACAGUGUUACGUUUUGUUUAAAGCUGAGACAGAAUUUGUAAGAUAUGCACGACAUUCGACACACGUAUACUAGCUCAAAUGACAAAACCCUCAGAUUACUAGAGAAAUAGUUUACCGUGUUCAAUUAAAAAUUACCAGAUGCUAUACAAAUAGCUGGGCUGUAAUUUGCAUAAAGUGUGGAACUGCAUGGUAGAAUGUAACAAAAUAGUUAUAAUUAAACUCAGACUUUAGUUUCAUAUCUGUACAUCGCCCUAGCUGUUCAGGCUCCGUUGGAAUUAUUCCAACGAAUUGUUUAGUUGCUAACUUCGUUCACCCGGGGUACGCGGUAUAAGGAUAACGACUUUACCUGCGUCAGUUAGGCUUUGCAUUGAUGCAACAGAACUGCAGGUUGGGAACAAACUUUUUACAUUGCUUCUAUGUUAAAAGUAUAUCAAAGAAAUUAAGCAGCAAGUUAAAUUUGGUUCACGUUUAGGCCUAUACAAUUUUAAUAAACCACCUAUGUUAGCAUGUAUAGUUUAUUGUCAGUUUGUCAAAAGUUAAACCAAAUGUCAUUUUAGAUUGUAAUAAUACCUAAACGUAUUGUUCAGUUUAAUUGUUCAGGGGGUUAGAAAUUGUAUUUAUUAGUCGAAAUGAAUUAUGAACAUAAUCCGAACGAAGCGCUUGAUUUAUCGAUACGUGGACGGAACUCUUUGAUACCGAGACCAAACUUUUCACUUUUGCAUAACUUUAACUAUCCGCAAUUAUUGCAACAGCCACCAGAGAAAGAAGAAGCGUUGAACUUGAGUAUUAACCGAUGUUCGAAACCUAAGAGCGGUCGACAUCAUUGUGGUUGGUGUGAAUACUCCAGUGUUCAUAAGCAUUGUGUGGUACAACAUGAACGCACCCACACUGGUGAGAAGCCAUACCGAUGUACAGUAUGUGGAAGGCAUUUCACACUUUCAGGAAACCUUGCCCGGCACAUGCGAACCCACACCGGUGAGAAACCUUACAAAUGUGAUUUCUGUGACCGAAGGUUUACACAAGACAGUGACAUGCGCACACAUGCACGAACCCACACCGGGGAAAGACCAUUCAAAUGCCCGAUCUGUGGCAAGAGCUUCAAUCAAUCUGGGCACAGAGCGGCGCAUAUACGUACUGUGCAUGAACGUUGCCAGCCUUAUCAAUGCGUGGUUUGCGAAAGAAAGUUUGGUAUAUUAUCCAACCUGCGUCAACAUAUGCGCACACAUACGGGCGAAAGACCUUUCAACUGCUAUAGCUGCGACAAAAAGUUCGCCAAAGCUGCCACACUUCGGCUGCACGAGAAAACGCACCCAGGAUCCGUAAGCUGCUCCACAAAUUACACAGAUUCAAAGCGUUGACACACGACGCUAUACACGACGCUUUCUCGUAAACUUCAGAAAAACUUAAAGUUCAAUGGAUUCAAGAAAAGUUAAAGUUCAAUGGAUUACGUAACUUUAAACUUGAAUUAUGUUUUCAUGCAUACCUUUGCGUGCGGGAAAUAUUAUGGAAAUAAAAUAUUACAAUGGCGAAGAAAAGAGACUAGUUACACUAUAAAUAAAGUUUGGGGUAAGAUGGGAUACCGUAAGCACCUUAGGAUGAUCAAACAGAAUGAAACCUGUCCUUUCUUACCCCACACCUCCUUUUUUCAAAUUUUUGCGUAAAAUAGGGUAAAUAUGGAACGCUUAACGAUUUUGCGUGUCAUCCUUGCGCAGGGGCCAUGCUAAUCGUCUUUUAUAUGCUCACUUUUUCUAGCAUAUGUAUAUUCAUUUCACAUUAUCUGCAUGGUCUUUGCGCACGUUUAUUUCUUGAUAUAGAAUAUAUGUUGGAACUCGGAAGCAAAGAACGACGAUAACAACGGUUGUGCUGCUAAUAAUAUACGAAUUCUAACCGAGAUAAUUACAACGUAAAAAAUAAAACUAAAGACAACAUUUGAUCGCUCCGUCCACCAGCAGUUUUACUUCGCUUUGCGUCGAAGAAAUUAGGCUGGGAAAAAAUUAAGCGAGAGAGAACCGACAUAGGUUGUUUAACCUUACAUCGGACGAGUUCCCCAUUGCAUAUAGUUCAUUGUGGAAAUAGAAUUAAAUCGUUAAAAAAAUAAAGUUACGUGGAAUAAUUGCGUGAGAUAAUACAAUCGUUUGUUUAAAUGUUCCCUUGGUACACCUUCUAAGAGUACACAGGUUUACAGACUCACUGCAUGA